UCCACGUGGGGCCAUCACAUGGAUUAAGUUUCAAGAACACAGUUCGUGAGCGUUUACAUACACAAAUAUCGGAAUCAUUCAUUCAAGACUGAGACUCACUCCUCCCUCCGUCACCAUCGUUUUGUGCGUGAGCGUUUCUCCAUUUCUUUCCCCAUCAGCGAAAAGACAGAACAAGCUACGUUGACUUUUUCCAUUUUCCAAUUUUCUCGGUGAUUCUAUCAGCCUCCGACACAAUCGCGCGUCAAACGUUGAAUCGGUGCCACCACUCAGUAUUCAUUUUUGACUUUUAGGGAGAGUCUCUAACAGACCAACAUGAGUGUGGAUCCAAAGAGAAGUGCCUCUAAUGGCCAGGAGAAAAUGUUACCAUCACUAGAACAGCAAGCAUUGAUCAAUGAGGUGAGAAGGUUAAUUGGGCCACAGUCUGGUAAGGCGUCCAUUUUUUGUUCUGAUGCAUGCAUCUCAAGGUAUUUGAGAGCACGGAAUUGGAAUGUUAAGAAGGCAGCCAAAAUGUUGAAGCUGACCUUGAAAUGGAGAGAAGAAUACAAACCAGAAGAGAUUCGCUGGGAAGAUAUUGCUCAUGAAGCAGAGACAGGAAAAACCUAUAGAACAAAUUACAUUGACAAGCAUGGGAGAACAGUCCUAGUAAUGAGACCUAGUCGCCAGAACUCAAAGUCAACAAAAGGCCAAAUUAAAUAUUUGGUAUACUGCAUGGAGAAUGCUAUUUUAAAUCUUCCACCAGAACAGGAACAGAUGGUCUGGUUGAUUGACUUUCAGGGUUUCAAUAUGUCACAUAUAUCAAUAAAGGUGACACGUGAAACGGCCCAUGUAUUACAAGAACAUUAUCCAGAACGGCUUGGUCUGGCAAUACUGUACAAUGCACCUAAGUUCUUUGAACCAUUUUUCACGAUGGUAAAGCCCUUAUUAGAGCCCAAGACUUAUAAUAAAGUCAAGUUUGGUUACUCUGAUGAUCAGAACACCAAGAAGAUUAUGGAGGAUUUGUUUGAUUUUGACCAUCUUGAAUCUGCAUUUGGUGGGAAUGAUGAUACAGGAUUUGACAUAAAUAGAUAUGCUGAGAGAAUGAAAGAGGAUGACAAGAAGACUCCCUCUCUCUGGACAAGGGAAAACUCUCCAUCAUCAGUCCCAACUCAUGCUCCUUUAGAUUCGACUAGGUUAGAAUCAGAUACUGAUGCUUCAGACAAUGAGAAAAUAGACUCUUCCCCUGACCCCGUGAUGGAUACAGGUAUCAUUAACCCUGAUCAGAAAAUUUUGGUUAAUGAAGGAGAAAAAAAUGCCAGUGCAGAUAUUCAUUAGAAUGAGAAAUUACAAACCUUGGGCCUUUGAAAUAAUAUACAGGCACUAAGGUAGCAAGAUGCUGUGACAUUCUUAUUUUGAAGUUAGAAUCAAGAGACCUUUUGUUAAUUUGAUGUUGGAUUUAACAUGAUCACAGAUGUUUUUGCCUUGUGAAUUCUAUCUUUUAACGGGCAUGAAAUGCUUGCUUGUGCAGUCAGCAGAGUUUUGCUGCUGUUGUGGUAGACAAUUUUUUUCCUCCCUCGUGGAUGGAAGAAUGGCUUGUUAUUGCAAGCAGGUUCAUCUUACUCUA